AUGUCUCAGUCUAACCACAACAGUACAGCCGAGCCUUCAUUCGUCAUUGGCACAGAUUCCAUACUUGGUGAACGAUGGGUACCGAUCUACGAAAAAGAUGUCAAUUUCAGCUCGCUGCAUUUCGAGCAAGCGAUGCUCAAUAUCAUUAGACUGCCAAAUAUCAACUCCACAGUCAUUCUUCGAGCGGACAUACUCGUGGAAAACACCUAUGAUCCAAACAAGGGAGACACAAAGUUUGUGAGCAAGUUGGUCAACGAGAUGCCCGAUGUCCGAGAAACUGGCGUCGAGAGCACGGAGACGCAUUUUUUACACCGAGACCUCUUGGACAUCGCUAUACGCGAGAUACCGCCCUCGCAUGGGUCGCCUGCUUUAGAAUUGGGCAACAGGUUGGAGAUUGUGCGGCGGAUCAUACCGCGGAACCCAUUCAAGGACUACAUAAUCAACCAGACGUGCUUGGUUGCCAAGUCCAAAGACGAAAAGUCAACGUUGGUGGUGUACAUACCGCACAUCCACAAGGAAGAAGAAAUCCCUUACUAUCUACCUCUAGUGUAUGGAGUUGGAAUAUUGCACCAUGACAGCAAGGUCUCUGUACACUAUCUCCCAUUCCAGAGCAGCGACUGGGUAAAGGAGAAACUGCGAAUCAAGGCCAUGGACUCGCUGGAGAGACCAAUACGAACGGCGUUGAGAUUGUUGCAAACGUCAACAAGGCACUCAGCGGGGGUUAAAUCCGGGUAUGAAAAACGCGUCAACCAUGAUUUGGUAGUUGCCAAAGUCGAUUUCCAGAACCGAUAUAUCUAUCUCAAGUCCAAAUACUCGUCUGAAUUGGUAAAUAACUGGUGCGAGAGCACUGAUCCGAAAAAGCACGUCUUUGAAGAUUUGGCGAUUGCCGCUUUUUUGAUUGAAUAUUGGAAAAUCAAGAAUUUCCAAAUCGGACAAUUUGAAUUCCGAGACCUUGGCUGCGGCAACGGCUUGCUUGUGCACAUCUUGAUUCUGGAGGGCUACAAGGGACAAGGGAUCGACGCGAGAGCUCGUAAGUCAUGGGCGACAUAUCCAAACAAAGUACAAAGCAAUUUGUUGGAAAAGAUUAUUGUGCCGAGCAUCCUACUCAAACCACACCCGUCGCUCGCAAAGAUGGCACCUGGCAUCAAGGACAAUGGACGGCAAUUUGCAGAAUUGCCCGAUCACAAUAGCCAUCACAACAACCACCAAGUGAACUACCACUCUGCUUCGAGUCUUCUCCAAUCGCCCAAAGUAUGCACCACUGAGGAUUUCCCCGAAAGCACCUUCCUCAUUGGAAACCACUCCGACGAAUUGACGUGUUGGAUGCCGCUUUUAGGCUUUCCCUUUAUUGUCAUCCCGUGCUGUUCGCAUGCUUUAAACGGGGCAAGAGUGCGAUAUCCACCACGCAAAAAAAGCUCAAAUGCACCAUUUUGCAGCAGCAGCAGCAGCAACUCGCACACGCCGCAGAAUUCAACAUAUGGGUCUCUCGUUGACCACGUUGAGGAUAUCGCCAUUUUGAACGGAUGGAGGAUCGAGAAGGAGAUGCUACGUAUACCAAGUACGCGCAACGCGGCCAUCAUGAGCUGCGAAAGGGUUGCCGAGUUCAACAAUGAACUGCGGGAGAUUUCGCAAUUGAGAGUUUUGGAUAUCAUCGCCAUGGAAGGCGGGGCCGACGGUUGGGUUGAGAGCUCGUUGAACUUGAUGAAAAAGGCCCCAAGAAACCACUAA